AUGAUAACAGGACCAGGCAGCAAAGAGAGCAGCUUUCCAAGGGUCCUGUGUGUGUGGUGGCUGCUCUGUGGGGCUCAGGGUGCCCUUCUUGGUCUGACAGCCACAGCAGCUGUGGGAUCUGCUGGUGCUCCUGUGCCCCAGGCAGCCAUCGCCUCCAGUGAGAAACAGGGAAAUGGGAGAGGUGAACGAGUGAGAAAGGGUCAUCUUUGUAAAAAUGCCAUUGCCAUUUCUGGAACUGCAGUGGAAGUCGAAGACCUGAACGAGAACAGCAGCCUCGGUCUGCUAAUACUUUUUAGUCAUGACUUUACUGGAGCCUCCUUAUUUGAAGAAACUGUCCCUGGCUGGAGUCUGAGGACACCGGCCCCUCCUGCCCGGGGCACACGGGGCAGCAGUGCCUGCGGAUGGGAGGGACGUCUGGAGGUCCCCUGUGCCCACCUAGGGGCGGCCUGCCCAGGCUUUCGACGGAGACCUGAGAACCUUCCAGGGUCCCCUGAGCUGGGUGACCCCCAUAGGCUGGUAGACACCUGCCCCCCUCCCAGCAGCGAGCAGAGGCCCGUGUUCUUCACCGCUGUCCCGCCUGAGGGCAGAGCCGGGCCCGCAGCGGUGGAGGCUGAUCCGAGAGAGAAAGGGAGGGCAGCUCCUCACAGACCCAGCGCUGACCUACGGCGGGCACCGUCCUUCCCCCGCACACCACCUCCUGGCCUCCGGCUGGGGACGCCAGCCCGCGGCUCCGCGCACCCCUCGGCCCGCUCCCGGCUGCCGCCGGAACCGCCACGGGAGCCGGGAGGGAGCUGGGACGCACAGAGACGCGGGGUUCCCUCACAGCCGCAGCGGCCGGACCUUGCGCUCUCCCCUCCCCUCAAGCCGCCUCCUCCCCUCCACCCUCUCACGCUGCAGCCUCGGGUGGGUCCUGAAGCGAUCCGAGCUGCCGUCCUUGCCCUACGUGAGGCGGAGGAGCGACGGGGAGCGGUAGCCGGCGUUGGCAGCGGCGGGAGGCAGCGAGGAGCUUACCGGCGGCCACGCAGCGAGAAGGAGUAGAGAGGAAGAAGGGAUGCUGUUUGCCGUCUCUCCGCCGUUGAAGUGACUCGUCCCCUGCCCGUGGGGGGCACUCGCAGCGGGGGCCGGGGCGGCCUGUGCCCGCAGCUGGCAGCCCUGCACUACCCGCCCUGAGUAAGCAGGGCACAGCCGAAGAGAGGGGCAGCCUCUCCCGCUGGCCCGCCCUGGGCUCCCUCGCCCUGCUGUGCCCAUGGAAGGACCAACCCCACAGCGCUGAAGCACGCCGACGAGAGGAUUUGCUGCGCGUGGUUGUUUUUGUGGUUUUUUUUCAUUUUUUUCUCUCCCCUCUCAUUUUUGCCUUGUUGGUGUGCCUGCAGACUUUUGCUUUUUUUUACAAUUUUUUUUUUUAAACUCCCCCUUCCCUGUGGCUCUUGCUUUUUUUCUUCGGGUUUUCCGGAAAGAAAGCUGCGCUACGGAACCUGGCACCGACCCGCCGCCGCUCCUGCAGGGCGAGGAGGAGGAGGAGGAACCGCUACGCUGGCUCCCAGGGCGGCUUCCCCGGCUGGGAAAAUGAGGUUGCUGAGACGCUGGGGCCUGAGUAGAGGAGGGAGGGAGAGGAAACCUGCUGCUGCAGAGCUGUGAGCUGCCUAGGAAAGUGUGUGCGUGCGCGGAGGAGGGGGGAGAAGCAGAUUUGUCCCCCCCACCGCGGACCCUCUCUCGGUUUUCUCUCCCCUUGGCGGGGCGGUUUGGGGGACUUGCCUCAGAGACUUCUGUGAUUGAAGGGAUUUUGCAGGAAGCGCUCCUCAGCCUGGUACAAGCUGUGUGGUUUCUCUUUUGUGCUCGCUUGUUCCUGUUUUUUUUUUUUUUUUACUUUUUUAUUAUUUUUAAUCAUACUUUGCUCUGGAAUAAGGGAAGCGUUUUAUCUCCGGA